AUGGCGACUGCUGGCCUCGGCAGACAUGGUCCAAAGACUCGCACCGGUUGUGUAACCUGCAAACGGCGACGGGUCAAGUGUUCUCUGGAGAAGCCUUCGUGCUCUCGAUGCGCCAAAGCAGGUCGGGUGUGUGAGGGCUAUCAACUCUCAGUGGUUCAAGAAGUUGUCGCGAGUCCUGCCAAAGCAACGACUCCUCCCCAUCUCAACAACUCUUCGUCCCUGCUCUCGGCUUUUCGCGCUACCCCGUCUGAAUGGCAAGCCUACGGGUUCUACUCCCACCGAAUCGCAUCCACCUUGGGGGGCGCCUUUGACACGGAGUUGUGGCAGAAGCUGAUGCUCCAGGCCGCCGAUACCGAGCCGACUGUCCGGAAUGGGAUCUUUGCCCUGGGGAACCUGUUCAGACACGGCCAAGAUGGUGGUGGACAGCAUGCGUCCGACUGUGUUUGUGCUCACUGUCGACAAGCACUACGAUACUACAACAAAUCCAUCGUUGCAUUGUCAGAUUCGCUGCAGGAGCCGAGCACACCGCAGGCGGCUCACGUCGCUCUUCUCUCGUGUAUCAUCUUCAUUUGCCUCGAGUUCUACCGCAUGAACGAUGACACUGGGAUUUCUCUGAUCUCCAAGGGAUGUAGCAUGGUCGCCGAGACUCUGAACAAUCAGUCUGCUUCCACGACAGUGUCAAUAGAUCCGAGCUUGGUGAAGGCGUUUGAUCGACUUUGGCUUCUGGCAAAGAUGUUUGGACGUCAGCUGCCUCGACCGUCAUCGCAGCAAUCUCUGAUAUCUGUGUCUUCCUGGCUGCCGGACUUUGAUAGCAUAGAAGGAGCAAGAGAUUGCCUGCACAAGAUUUUGGAGCGUGUUCAGGGCUUAAGAGUGGAGGUCUUCCGGGUGUAUUCGAGUUCGUCUCCGACACAUGUUUCCGCGGCCAAAGCUUUCUUGGAGAGCGAGCAACAAGCCGCCCAGAUUCUUCUCGAGAAUUGGCGCAGGAACUGGGAGAAGGUGAGCGCACAGCUGGCACCGAGUGCGGCUCAACACCCGCAAGCCCAUCUGAUCCUACGCGCCCACUACCUGAUCACCAAGGUCGGCGCCUACGCGAGGCUCGACCCAGCGCACCUCAACCAUGCAGACCACCUCGACGACUUUAGAGGAAUCGUCCUCGCGGCCGAGGAAGGCCUCACACGAUUUCCCCUCAAAGACGAAGCCACGGGCUUUUCCUUUGAAAUGUCCUUCCUGGCCCCCCUCUACCUGACCGCGAUCAAGUGUCGAGACCCCGCGGUGCGCAGGAAAGCUCUGGAGAUGAUGUUUCUGACAGGCGCCAAGGAAGGAUUGUGGUAUCGAUCCGAAUUGACCUGUAUUGCCGCACGGGUCAUUGAGCUUGAGGAGGGUCUCGUCGCAGGUUUAGGAGAGGGAGAUGGAGGGUUCGCCAGAGAUGUGGCGGGAAAGCACUUUUUCGACGUCCACGCUGGACUGAACUAUCGUAGGGAUGGAAAGACGUUUGUAGACGUGGCGUAUCUCGUUUACGACGCGGCCAGUCCCGAACGGUGGCGGAGCUGGCGAGAGACUCUGGCAAUUGGGGAGUGA